GUCGUUGUGUUGUUACUAUAUUAAAACUGUUUGGUGGUUUAAAGAAUAAAUUAUUAAACAAAAAUACAAUGUAUAACAUUAAAUAAUUAAAUAUUACAGAUUGUAAUAUCUUUUUUAAAGUUUGAUAAUUAGAAUAUUGCAAGGAUGGAGAUAUUCUUACAAAAUAUAGGUGUGGGGUUAAGAUCUAUUGAUGAUCCAUUUUUCGAAGAUUCAUACAGAAUUUGCAAAAUUUUUCAACGAAAAGGUGUUACUGUUGAAGAUGAUGAAGAACUAUGUCAUGAUGUUAUAAAGGAAUUCUCUUGUUACGUUACUGGUUGUAAAGCAACAUUCAAUAAAUUAAUUGAUUUUGAGAUGCACUACAAUAGCAAUCAUCGAUAUGUUUGUGCAGAAUGUAACAAAUGUCUACCAAAUCCUAGAUUCUUAGAUAUUCAUAUUCAAGAAACCCAUGAUAGCUUUUUCCAAGUUUUAUCAAUGAAACAGCCAAUGUAUCAAUGUUAUGUUUCUGAGUGUGAUUUAAAAUUUAAUACUUCAUUUGAAAGAAGAGAUCAUUGUGUUAGCGUACACAAAUAUCCAAAGAAUUUUAGAUUUGAUAAUACUCCACAUUGCGUAAGAGAUAAAUCAGAAGAUAAAAUGGAUAUUGAUGAACCAGAGCCAAAGCGGAAGGAAUCCAAGUCAAGAAAAAUACAGUUAAAUAAAAAUCAAAAAACUAAAAUGUUUAUAGCUACAGCAAAAACUACAACCUCGACAAAUGUCAUUAUCCGUGAAAGUCAAUUAAACCCUUCAAAUAAUAGUGCAGGAGCUACUUCGUUACUUUUUAUCCCUAGGCAAGUACAUAAAUCAUAUACAAAAGUACUUACUAAAAAUCAAUCUGGUGAAAAAGAUGUGCUUGAAACAGAAUGUAUGAUGGACUUGGCUAAUACAUUACCAAAUACAUAGUUGAAAAUAACGUA